AUGAAAAAUGAAGCUGCUAUAAGUGCAGCCCUAGAUACCAUGGGCUUUGGCAAAUACCAGAAAAUCGUCUUUUUCCAAUGCGGCUUGGUAAUUUUGACAUAGGCGUGGUUCAGCUACCAAACCUGAAUGCGAGCGCAAGGAUUUAUUUUUAAUGAUGCUGGGACAGUCUGAGACAUCAGCCACUUACUGAGAGGAAUGUGGAGUAGCUCUCUUCAGCUUGGAAUGCUUUUUGGCUCUCUCUUUUGGGGAUCUCUUGCAAAUCGUAGAGGAAGAUAUUAUGCAUAUAGAAGGUGCGUGAUUUUUGGAAUGGCUUUUUGCCUCGUGCUGGCAUUCUCAUUCAACUAUAUAUUUAUGCUGAUAGUUCUCCUAUUUGUUGGCUUUGGAAUUGGAGGAGAGUUGGCGCUAUCUGGAACUUACUUUACAGAGUUUUGUCCACCCAAAAGCAGAUGGGUGCUUUCCAUUCUGUCAAUGUUCAUGCCUAUGGGCGGAACGUUUAUGUCACUGGCAAAUUUAAUAGUUGUAGAUCUAGUGGAUUAUUUAGACAACGAUUGGAGAAUCUUAGUUGCUCUGAUGCUUGCACUUGAAAUCUUUCUUUCCCUCUGAAGACAAUUUUUAUUGGAGUCUCCGUAUUAUUUGGCAAGUGUUGGAAAAUACGAGGAAGCUGAUGAAAUUAUGAGAAAAAUCGCAAUUAAAAACGGAAAAGAAGCAGUCUAUCAAGAACACAGGCAAUCAAUCAUUGAACGCAGCGAGCCAAAGGUUGAAGAAGAGCACAAAGGUGGGGAUAAAGAAGGCGUUAAAGAAGUUUUAGUAAAAAAGCCCGUAAACAAGAAGUCUCUUGCUUAUGCUUUUAGCAAAAAUUAUAGAAGGCCAACUAUUCUGUUGACUUUGAUAAAUUUCUUUCUGACUUGGGGCUAUAUAAGCCUGAUAACUUUCCUUCCUGUUCUCCUAUCAAAUUUUCCAAGUGUUAUAGCGUCAACAAUUAUUCUAAUUCAAGCAGCAUGCGCAAUUCCAGGAAACCUGAUAGGAGGAUUUUUGGUUCAAACAUGCUUACUCCCCCAUCCUUGAAUAAACGAUUCCAUUGAAGAAUUCUAAAAAAUUCGAACGAUUCUAUUGAAAAUUCCUAAAAAUUGGGAAAAAUACCCCUCAUCCUUGAUCGAAAGAUUUUCAUAUAUUGCAAAUUUUAUAUGCAAUAAAUCAACUAUCUAGUUAAUAUUUAUUAUAACUUAUGAAAAUUGAUAGUUUUUUAUUAGGAAAAUAAGAGUAAUUUACGUGUUUUCUAAAUAGCAUACACGAUAUUAAUCAUCCUAAGUGCUUUAUCCAUUAUCCUGGUCUCCAAAGCUUAAUAAUCUAAAACAAUUAGAAUUAUUGUAAAUUAAAAAUUAAUAUGGAACAGAAAUAUUUUAUAGAACAGAAAAAGCUACCACAAUUUCAUUUUAAUGUUUUUAAUAUUUACUAUCUUAAUCCUCUUAUUUAGAAAGUGUACCAAAACAAUAAAAUAAUAAAUAUUAUUUUUAUUAUAUAUUUCCGAAAAUUUUUAAAACCCCAUCCUUGAUUGAACGAUAGUAGUCAUUUGAUCAAGGACGAGGGGGAUAGUUAGGUAGAAAAUUUACUUUUGUCAUUGCCAUGAUUAUAGCAGCUUUCCUUUCAUUUAUGUUUUAUUGGACGACUGGAUUAGUCGAAGUAAGAGUUAUUUAGACCUUUUUUGUGAUAUUUAUGAACUUGUUUUGCCUCCUUAGUUACGGAGCUAUGUACACAAUGUUAUCGGAGUCAUAUGAAUCAGAAACCAGAAGCAUAGCAAGUGGCUGGUGCAUUGCAUGGGGAAGACUUGGUGGUGCCUUGUCUCCAUUUUGUACAGGAUAUAUAUUGGACUUGCCAGAUGGAGAAGAUCUUGCAUUACAAACAUUUGCGGCAUGCUUCGCAAUUUCAGCAUUAUGUGCGCUAUUUUUAAAAGAAACUCGAACAGUAAAACACCGAGACCUCAGAGAAUCGCUUUCCAAGAGUGUUCUUGCAGAAACAUAA